AUGCAACGAAAUUUGGAAGAUUUUGGCGACGAAUUUGACGAGGAGAUUCAUCCAUUACCGCCUUAUAAUACAUAUGAAUUUAUUAGUGAUUAUAAAUGGUUUUCUUCAAAAUCAAGUGGUAAUAUGGAUAGUGAUGAUGAGAUUGUUUCCAAUGAUGCUGAUGUUGAUGGAUGUAUCGACGAAAAUACAACAAAAUCUCCUCUCAAAACGCAGUCGGCAGCUAAUGCAAAUGAUGCCAAUAGAGAAUUUACAAAAGAUGAGAAAAGUGAAGAGGAAGGAGUUCAAAAUGAAGAGGAAAACAUAGUCGACAACAGAAAAGAUGGUUUAAAUGAUUCUGAUAUUCCUUUCACAAAUAUGAAAUCAAAUGUUAUCGGCGAAUUUAGGAAUAAAGCGAAAGAUAUCGAAAAUUCAAUGACAGCUGAACAGUGGCAAGAGGAAUACGCCGUUCGUGCGCAGCAGUUGGAAUCAAUUUUUGCUUUAAUGAUGGAAGAUAAAACAAAAUAUGGAUUGGAAAGUAAAGAGGAGCUUUUAGAACAAAUGAAACUUUAUGCGUAA